CCAUUUUGUAUGAUAUUCCGUACUUCUCUAUUUGCACUUCCUGGUUGAAAUCAUCCAAAUAUCCAUUCCAUCGCGCUCAAUAUCUCCUCAGUUACGAUUAAGUGAGCAUCAUAGUAUAACAGACAACUCAUCUAGCGUUGAAUUUCGUAAUUCAAGAUGGUUCUUAAAGUGUAUUACUCCAGUGUUUCUAGCUCCCCUCAGAUCAAGAAACAGCAACAGGCUGUAUUCAUGGUGCUAGAAGGUAAACAUAUAGAGUUUGACAGGAUUGAUAUAUCAGUUGAUGAAGAACAGAAGACUUUCAUGUGGCAAAACAGUAGACAACCAGACACUGGUAAACCGUUACCACCCCAGCUAUUCAGUGAUACAGAGUACCUAGGGGAUUUUGAAGAUUUUGACGAAGCGAAAGAAACAAAGAACCUGUACAUUUUCUUAAAACUACCAAACCUUGAACCACCAUCCCCAUCAGAAAAUACAGACAACCAAUAAAUGCAAGUAGUGAUGUACAUGAUUAUGAAGCAUUUGAUGAAGCCGUUGAAGAUGACACGCUGGCUGAAUUCCUCAAGGGAUCCUCAUGAAGAGAUUAUAAAGCGAUUGGAUCACAUAAGCUAAUUUGAAAAACUCAUCAAAAAGUUAUUUUUUACUGGAAAUAUUGUAGUUGUUGACCUGUUGCCUGAAAUAAUUUUUAUUUUGAAAAUUUUCAAGUAAUGUACUGAGGUUAUUUUUAAAUGUCUAAUUUUAAAUUUUUCUCUGAUUGUCUUUGUGGAUGGUAAUACUACAAGUAGUUUGUUGCUGUUGUUACAUUUGACUGAUUGCCCAGUCAUUGUCACUUAGCCGGCUACAUGCAUGGUGUCGUUAUAAUACUAGUAGGCAUGUCAGAUUCCUUUCCAAAGAUAGUAUUCAUUAACUCUUGAGACACGCCUACAUACAUGUAGGGCUUAUCUUCUAGGUUCAAGGCACUAUGAUAGAUUAAAGAUUUUUCUUCUUCCUAUACAAGUAUAUUCAGAUCUUUCAAAGGCAUGUUUUUGUUCAUUUAAUGUUGUAAUAUAAUACAUGAAGCAACCACAAUCUUUUGAAUUCCCUUCAACUGCUAUGCCUUUGCUAUGUAAUCAUAUAUUUAUGAUAUUCAUAUUCGUGAUAUUAAAAAGGUGACAUAUCUACUGUCUGGGUGUGGCAAUAUAUUGUCAAUCCAGACCCCUGUCAGAUCUUGUCCAAAACCACAGCAUCUCUAGUGGUCAUAUUAGUUUUCAGUAAUUCUACAGCUGUCCUUUCAAGUAUUUCCUGCUUCCCAUCGUUGUUGUCAAUGAUGGAUAUUGUAGAUGGGUUUCAGUUUUGUGAGUGACCACGAUAGGCGUUACCAUAUCAUCAAUAUCCCAACCCACUAAACAAGUCUUUGUAUUACUUACAAGUAUGGUGUAUUACUUACCUUGAGCUCAAAGUAUGGUGUAUUACUUACCUUGAGCUCAAAGUAUGAUUUAUUUCUUCCCUUGAGCUCAAAGUAUGGUGUAUUACUUACCUUGAGCUCAAAGUAUGAUUUAUUUCUUCCCUUGAGCUCAAAGUAUAGUGUAUUACUUACCUUGAGCUCAAAGUCUGGUAUAUUUUUUACCUUGAGCUCAAAGUAUGAUGUACCGGGUAUCACUUACCUUGAGCUCAAAGUCUGGUGUAUUUCUUGCCUUGAGUUAAAAGUAUGCUGUAUCAUGUAUUUUGUUACUACCUCUAACUUUCUUGAAGGCAAUUAUAAAUGGUGAAUGUGGCUAUUAAAUGUGUUGCCACUGCUUAGUGAUUUAAAGUGUUCUCGCACACUUGUUAUGAGAGGCUGUCUUCCUCUGGGAUUAGUGUUGGCGUUGCCCUCAUGAAUUCAAAGAAGUUUCCAUUUGUUCUUCAUAUUUAGACUUUUUCGUAGUUCAUUCUGCCAAGUUUUACAAAAUGCAAGUGCAUCGGCUGCUGUCUUACUAGCAUUUGGUGCAGGCAAAAAUGACAGAAGAAUGUGACAUUUGUCACCAAAAUUUGCAGCAAUAUAUUUAGCACAAGUUGUCAUAUUCUAUGUGAAUUUUUCAUUUACUCCAGAGAACUUUCAUUCAGUUUGCAAUAUUUUGACUUAUUAUAAAAAAAAACAUUUGAUGAAGAAGCUAACUAACUUGUACCCGUCUGUUGGCAAAUCUCUAUUUACGUGCUUUAAACACUGCUAAUAGAUGGGUAGUAUGUAACUGCUUCUUUGAUUGGUUGAUUAGUCUCCAACAUGCCUUAUUCAUUACUGCAUUGACCAAUUAAAGCUAGUCUAGCAACAUUUCUAGAACUGAAGCCUAUAAUUUGGUUAUUCUAUUUUUAAGCAGCAUUAUUUGUUUUUUAUGCUUAGUAUGUAGUAUAUUUUUGCAUGACUUGUUUUCAGUGGGCGGCGAAUGUUAAAAUCACUUAAUCUUUUAUAGUAGAAUUUGUUAGUAACUAUAGUUUAGUGCUGAAGGAUUGAUAGACUAUUGCAUCUUUGAGAAGGGAUAGUGAUGGCUUGAAGAACCCAGGAUAUUUUUCCUUAUGAUUAUUCAACCCGUUAAUAUGGACAAGAAAGGACCAUAAUUUUCCCAGUUUUUUUUUUUUCAAAAAUGCUGUGUGGCUAAUGGGAAAUUGUCUAAUUGGUUCAAAAAUAUAUUUUGUUCAAACAUUAUGGUGACAAACAAUGGAGCCAGUCAGUGACUGAUAAUGAUGGGUCAGAGUGGAGCAGUCACAUUCUGUUCUGUACUAUUCUGUCUCAUAAUAAAAUCAAAUUCUCUUUUUUUGUUGCUGCAACCCCCCUAAGAAAUAGUCACUGGAAUCAUUUUUAGUUUGUAACUAAUUUUUAUUUUUCCAUAUUUGAGAUUGUACUACAUUUUCUGGUAACUUUCCAUGCAAGUAAAUGCUUGAUUGUAUGAAUCACUGCCAGUAAUUAUUCUCAAUUAGUGAGUGUUCACUAUUAAGAUUUGUGUACAAUUAUUUUGGGCUUUCAUUUUAUCUACUGUUAAUUUUGUCAUUACUUUUAUGUGCAACAUUUGCUAUCUGCAAAGCAAUACCUAUUCCAGCAUGGCAGAAAACAAAAUGUCUGUUUCGUAUUACAUUGAUAUUUUACAUGUAUAAUCUUCCUAUACAGAUUUGCUUACUUUAGUGUAACUGUAUCAUUUAAUUUUAUGUCCUAUUCUGAUUUCAGUUUCAGUUUCUUGUUUUCUCUAGUCUUCCAGUCUCCAUCAUACAUCCAGUGGUUACAUUUGACUGGUAAAGGCGUCCAGUUUCAAAGCCAGAUUUGAUAGGAAAGGAAUAGUUAUAGUGCUGGAAUAUCUGUAUUUUCUGUAUUGUAUACUUCUUUGCUAUCAAGGCAAUGUUGUCAAUGUCUUGGUCAUUGAGCCCCGUAAAUAAAUGUUUUGCAUGCUUGAAGCUAUACAGAUUUAAUCUUAUUUCCACAGUGUAUCGUCAAAGUAUCCCGCUAGCUUGAAAUCAGGUAGCAGUCUGUGUUAAAACGUCGUUAGAAGGCACAUGUAAUAUCAUUUUAAGUUUUGAUCAUUGUUGACAUCCUGCAGCCAGUCAUAACUCAUUUGAAUUUAAUAUUGUUAUUGAAUAUUAAUAAAUAGUUUACAACUUUGAUGUUUUUGAAAUUCCCAGCAAAGGAAAAUUUAUAAAAACUCAACUCGAUAGCUGUAGGAAUGGAUUACAUCCUCUGGUUCAACCCACCCCUCUUCCUUUGACAAGUUUAAACAAACAAACAAAAUAUACUUUGUUAGUCUUACAUUUCUGUUGGAAGUUGCAGAUUUGUUCAUCAGCUGUUGUAUAUUUUUUGAAAUGAUAGUCAGUUUUUGGUCAUGUGUCAAAUAUAGACGGGGUAUUGAGACAUACAGUGCAUUACGUCUUGCACAUAUUUUAGUUUCCACACAUUGUGCUUCUUUCGUUUAUUGCCUUUAUUACUACGCUGUUGUUGUAGGCUUUAAUGUGUUUGUACAUUGUAGACAGUUUUUGUACAUCAAUCAAAUGUUAACUUUUUUUGCAAAUAUUGAAAUGUGUCUUCAUGUGAGAUUUUGGUAUUAAGAUUUUAUUUCACUGAUGCCAAACUUUUCAUUUAUUGGAAAUAAAAAUGUUGACAAA